CGAACCUGAGCCGCCCGUGCCGCCUUGAGUCACCGUGCUGGGUCCUGCUGGUGUUUCUUCCUGUGACGGCUUCAUCUGUGAAUAUCUGCAUCAUCUGCGGCCCGGCACGGCUCUCCCUCCACCAUGACGGCCAUGGGACAGCUGGUGUUCGAUGAGUACGGCAAACCCAUCAUCAUCCUCAAGGACCAGGACCAGCAGAAGAGAUUAACGGGUAUCGAUGCUCUGAAGUCUCACAUUUUGGCGGCCCGGAGUGUUUCCUCCAUCCUGAGCACGUCACUGGGGCCCAAGGGUCUGGAUAAGUUGAUGGUGAACCCUGAUGGCGAUGUCACUGUCACCAAUGAUGGAGCCACCAUCUUGAAGAUGAUGGAUGUGGAGCACCAGAUUGCCAAGUUGAUGGUGCAGCUUUCCCAGUCACAGGAUGAUGAAAUUGGUGAUGGUACGACGGGAGUUGUAGUGUUGGCUGGAGCACUGCUGGAAAAAGCAGAAUACCUGCUGGACAAGGGCAUCCACCCUAUUCGUAUUGCCGACGGGUAUGAGCUGGCUGCUAAGAAGGCCAUCGAAAAUCUAGAAAGAAUUGCUGAAGAGUUCCCUGUUGAUAUGAAUAACUUGGAGCCCCUAAUCCUUACUGCUAUGACCACUCUUGGGUCCAAGAUUAUUAAUCGCUGUCACCGGCAGAUGGCAGAAAUAGCAGUGAAUGCAGUCAUGGCUGUGGCUGACAUGGAGACACGAGAUGUUAACUUUGAGCUGAUCAAAGUGGAGGGCAAGGUUGGAGGCAAGCUGGAAGACACUAUGUUGGUGAAGGGAGUGGUAGUAGACAAGGACUUUUCCCACCCACAGAUGCCUAAGGAACUCAAGGAUGUCAAGAUGGCCAUCCUUACCUGUCCCUUUGAGCCCCCAAAGCCAAAGACCAAACAUAAGCUGGAGGUGAGCAGUGUAGAAGAGUACAAUGCACUCUACCAGUAUGAACAAAAGCAGUUCACUGAAAUGGUGGAUAAAGUGAAAGCUGCAGGGGCCAAUCUUGCUAUCUGCCAGUGGGGCUUUGAUGAUGAAGCCAAUCACCUCCUCCUCCAAAAGCAGCUUCCAGCAGUGAGGUGGGUAGGAGGACCCGAAAUUGAGCUUAUUGCCAUUGCAACAAAUGGCCGCAUUGUGCCUCGCUUUGAGGAGCUAUCUCCAGAGAAGCUGGGAACAUGUGGAACAGUGCGUGAGCUUUCCUUUGGUACAACUAAAGACAAGAUGCUGGUGAUAGAAGAGUGUCCCAACACCAAGGCUGUCACCAUUUUCAUCCGUGGUGGUAACAAGAUGAUCAUUGAAGAAGCCAAGCGAAGCAUCCAUGAUGCCCUGUGUGUUGUGAGGAACCUGGUGCGCAACAACAAGAUUGUGUACGGUGGUGGUGCUGCUGAAGUGUCUUGUGCCUUGGCUGUAUCCGAGGAGGCUGAUAAGAUCUCCACCUUGGAGCAGUAUGCAUUCCGUGCAUUUUCUGAUGCUCUGGAAAGCAUUCCUCUGGCACUUGCUGAGAAUUCUGGCCUUUCCCCCAUCCACACCCUUUCUGACUGCAAGGCCAGACAGGUUGCUGAGAAGAACCCAGCACUAGGCAUUGAUUGCAACCAAAACGGAACAUGUGACAUGAAGAAUCAGCAUGUGAUUGAGACUCUUCACAGCAAGAAGCAACAACUCCUCUUGGCUACUCAACUAGUGAAGAUGAUCCUCAAGAUUGAUGACAUCCGCACUCCUGGGGAGUCCUACUCUGUCUAAACUUCCUUGACAACAGAUAGUCCACCUCAGAACUGGUGAUUUUUAAUACACUAAUCUUGGCUCUUCUGCACACUUAAUAUAAUUUACAACUAUGAAACUUACGCUAAGCUUGAUAAAUAAAUCAAACCAGUUUA